UCCGUGAUGCCGUUCAGUUGAACUUUCUCCGUGUUGUGGUGAACUUCUUCUUCAUACGUAGUACCCAUCAUCAUUAGAGUUGUUGGAUCGCGGAUUUUUGACGAUGCUUUACCGUUCGCGAUUUUGUUUCGAACUUUUUCUGUGGCUGUUCUGGGCUCGUGCCCAGGCGAACGUUGCGGACGCUGAGGUCAAUAUCGACACCACGAUCGAGGAGCAUAUGCGGAAAGAUGCGGACUUGUCUCAGUUUUACUCCCUGUUACAAAGAGAAGUGGUUGCCAAUAACACCCUUCAACAUGAGGCAGUUACCAUUUUUGCCCCCAUUAACGAAGCAUUUCAAAAAUUGGGACUUGGAAAAGAAGAUGAUCCCCGUUUGGUACGAUACCAUCUGA